GCGGCACCGGCGGCGAAGGGUCUCGCGUCCCUCCCUCGAGGCGUCGCGCGCUGCCCGCCGCAGCCCUGGCUCGGAGCGCUCGCCCGCACCUGAGCGUAGGGAUGAGGAGCUCCCUCCGGCCCCGGGAGGGCCGCCUUGGGGACUCGCCGUGACGGGAACUCCGCUCCCCAGCGCGGCCGCGCUCCCGCCUUCUGCUUCGGUGCGCAGGCUGCUGCGGCGACUGCUCCUUCCCUACUCGCCGCCGUUCCCUCCUCCCGGAGGAGCCCCGCUGGCCGGAAGGAUGGGCUGUAUCGGCUCCAGGACAGUAGGAAACGAAGUGAUUGCUGUGGACUGGAAAGGGCUAAAAGAUGUGGACCAGAUCAAUAUGGACAGCACCAGCUCACUCCAUGGUAGCAGCAUCCACCGACCAUCCACUGAGCAAACACGGACAGAUUUCUCCUGGGAUGGCAUUAAUCUAUCCAUGGAAGAUACAACCUCAAUUCUUCCCAAACUGAAACGAAACUCAAAUGCGUAUGGGAUUGGAGCUCUUGCUAAGUCAUCAAUGUCUGGCGCCUUAGGGAUAUCCCGCAGCAUGAAGGAUCACGUCACCAAGCCCACUGCCAUGGGGCAGGGUCGUGUGGCACACAUGAUUGAGUGGCAGGGCUGGGGCAAAGGCAGCAGCCAGCAGCAGCAACAUACUCAUGAGACCGUGCGCAAGGACGCAGAUGCUUACUCUGACCUGAGUGAUGGAGAGAAAGAGGCCCGAUUCCUUGCAGGGGUGAUGGAACAGUUUGCUAUCUCAGAAGCCACUCUGAUGGCCUGGUCUUCCAUGGAUGGUGAGGAUGUAAGUGUCAAUUCCAACCAGGAAAAUCAAGCUGGCAACUACAAUGAAAACUAUCAAGAGAUGAUGGAGAAUCCAAAUCACCUGGCCCAGGUGCAGUAUGACAGCUGGCCUCACUCUUACGUCUCACAAGGCAUGUACUGCCUGGGUUCAUCUGAUGCAUGGGAAACCAGUGAUCAGUCCCUCAUUGCUUCCCCAGCUGCUGGCUCUUAUCUCGGCCAGAACUUUGAGGAGUCCCAGACUAACCUGCAGGAAAGUGUUUUGAUCCAGAACAACCUUAUCCAGCAGCACCAACUGUUGCAAAUGCAACAGCAGCAACAGCAGCAACAACACCAGCAAGCGCAACAGGCUGUGUUCCCAAAUACUGGCCUUGUAGAUGUAUGGCCAGCUCAGACAGCUCCUAGUGGUGAUGAUAGUGCUGGUAAUGAGGGAAAUGCGGAAUCCAGCACUCUUGUGGGAGUUCACCCAGAGGAGGAAGGGAACCCCUUGCUGGAGAAAGCCCCCCUGUUGAACAAGAAACCGUCUCCAGAGGAGGACGAUGUUGUAUGCCGGGAUCUGGAGUCCCUUUCGCCCAGAGAGGAGGCAGAGCCUGCUGCCCUUAGCCGCAAGGUCUCUGAUGUUACGUCAUCUGGAGUCCAGUCCUUUGAUGAGGAAGAAGGUGAAACCAACAACUGAUGCUGGCUGUUGACAAACCUUUGACAAUAUGCAUGGGAAACACGGGUGGGGGAAAGUGUCAGGGAAGCCCCUCUCCAGCUCCUCAAUUCCCCAUAUCUCAAUUCCCCAGGCCUUCUAGUUUCCCAUAGCACACUUGUUUGUCCUUAGAUCUAUGGAAAGGUAAGCCAAGGGCCAAAGUGCUGGACAUUGCUAAGUCCCCCUCUCCUCCUGCACACAUUAGGCUGAACUUUUAAGACCUACUGCCCAGAAAGCUCAGGGAAUGCAAGAUAGUGGCCUCCUGUGGACAUUACAGACAGUGGGAACAAGCUAUGCUGGUGUGUUUUGUGAGGCUGAUUCUAUCAACACAGCCUCUGAGAAGAUGCUGCUCCAGUCUGGCUCUGGGAACCUGGUGGAACAAUAAUAGGGAGAGAGGGAUGCUUCUUAGAUACAUUUGCAACCAAAAAGGCAGGCCUCAUCAAGAAGUCUACUUAUGGAAGUGAGGUGCUAUUUGGAGAGAAGCUUUCGUUUGAGGCCUAGAGGACCAUGAAGUGGAGGGCAUGGAUCCAGACUGUACCCCAGGACCAGGAGUGGGACUUUAGGGGUAGUGACUACUCCGUGAUAAAACUGAGCUACUCCAAGUCCAGUUCAAACCUCAUUCUUCAGCCUGUGUGCAUGUACUGCCGCUGAAAGCCUCCUUAUGCACCCACCCUCUGUUAACUUUGCCUAUCUGGGGGCUGGAGAGGGUUUUCCCCCUCUAUUUAUUCUUGGGCACUGCAUGUAGGGUAGGGAAAAGGGAGAGGGGGGUCAUCUGCCAAUCUUAUAAUUUAUGCAGACAUGGAGUUCAUUUUUUCCAUUGUAUACAGGGAAGACAAGACAAAGAAACAAAAGCAAACACAUAUCACAGUUUAACUUGUUACCUUAGUUUUCCUCUAUUUUUCUCUUAAAUGUUUGUGUGGUAACAGUUCUUUUAAACAGUGGCCAUCAGAGGGAAUGGCCUGGUGCCACCUCGUGUGAGGUAAUACUCCUUCCCUAGGCUUACAAGUUCCCCUGAAAUGCCAAAAGAUUGCAAGGCUGAGACUGGGCCAAGAGUAAUUCUCUCCUGUUCCAAUUCAUUUUUCUUUCUUCCAGGAUUUUUUGUUCUGUUGACAGUGUAAAUAUUUGUAAUGCCUCAGCUCAGUCAAGAAUAAGAAAAUAGUAAGAGGUGCAUUCAUCUCAUUUUUACAAGGUGAGGUUUUUUUGGGGGUGGGAGAUGAAUGCUAAGUCUUGUGGCCCAUGGAGGUUGACCUCACGUUAUCCCUUCUUCUCAGUUAUUGGUUUGUCUUGGCAGAUAAAUGGA